AUGGGCAAAUCCAUCCUCCUCAUCAACGGUCCCAACCUCAACCUCCUGGGUACCCGCGAACCCCACAUCUACGGCUCAACCACCCUCCCCGAUGUCGAGAAGAGCGCCAAGGCCCAAGCCACCAGCCUAGGCGCAACUCUCGAGACUUUCCAGAGCAACCACGAAGGCGCGAUCGUUGACCGUAUCCAGGAAGCUCGUGGCAAGGUUGAUGGUAUCAUUAUCAACCCGGGCGCGUACACGCACACUUCCGUGGCUAUCCGGGAUGCGUUGCUUGGUGUUGAAAUUCCAUUCAUCGAGCUCCAUGUGAGCAAUGUGCACGCGCGUGAGCCGUUCAGACAUCACUCCUACUUCAGUGACAAGGCCUCCGCUAUAAUUGUUGGUAUGGGUGUUUACGGAUAUAAGGUUGCUGUUGACCACGUUGUGGUUAACUUCAAGGAGUUGGAGAAGAAGGCUCUGUAA